UUUCCAGAUGUUCAUUGUUAACAAAUAUGAUACAUUUCGUGCGAAAUUCAAACUUUGAUUCGAAUUUAAGAUUUUAUUUUUUAUAUAUCUGGGAACAUGAAAUCUUAGCAACUAUUUUAUAGUAUUUGAAAAUAUGGAGAUAGAGAAUUUUUUCGGAUGUUAUCUUUUAUAUUCCUUAAAUGAAAAAUUCAAAGGAAGAACAUACAUUGGGUUUACUGUAGAUCCCAAUAGACGUAUUAAGCAACAUAAUAAAGGAUUGAAAGCUGGUGGCGCAUGGAAAACAAACGACAAAGGUCCAUGGGAUAUGGUGCUUAUUGUUCAUGGAUUUCCAAAUGAUGUUUCUGCUCUGAGGUUUGAAUGGGCUUGGCAGCAUCCACAGAAAUCCAGAAGGCUUCGCCAUGUGAGUAAGAAACAGCCUCGAGAAAGUGCUCUGAAGUUUUGCUUUCGAAUAAUGUCAGAAAUGUUAAGAGUAGGUCCAUGGAAUCGUUUACCUUUAACUGUUCAGUGGCUUGAUGCUAGAUAUAAACAAGACUUUGAUGUUUCUAGACUGCCUCCAUUACAUAUACCAAUAUGCUCUGGGCCAAUUGAACCACGGAAAGUGAAAAAAUCAAAAUCUGAGCCUGAAGAAAUUAGUGCUGAUAUUACUUUGAAGUUUUGCUACCUCUGUGACAAAAUUACAACUCAGGAUGACAAAAAUUUUGUAUGUUUUAACAAAACAUGUGCUGAAACUUUUCAUGUUCUUUGUUUAGGAAGGCAUUUUCAAACUAUAAAUCCAAAAGAAGAAAAAUUUCUUAUACCAGUUGAGGGCACUUGUCCUAAAUGCUCUAUCCCAACACUUUGGGGUGAUGUGUUUCGCUAUGCAUCUGGAUGCUAUAGAGAAUCAAACAAUUUUUCUUCACAAAAUUGACACAAAUAUUGUGCAAAUGUAUUAAUCAAAAAUUGUAUAGUUCUGUCCAGACUUUUACAAUCACAAGAUUUUUUAAAAUAUUUUUUAUUACCACAAUUUUCAUUUGUUAUAUGGAGAGGUAUGAAAUUGUUUGCUAAUUUAAUACCAAAGUGAAAGGUCUGAUACUUUGAACUGAUUUUUAAAUGUCUUCUGCCAUUUAAAUAUGUUUUUUUUAAAUGCUUUUGUAAUUAGAUGUACUAUUUUAUAUUGUUGUCUGUGUCUUUAUAAAUUGUUUUAAUAAUUAGCUAAUUUGUAUAACAGUCAAAUUUAGGGAGAAAAGUUUAUGAUGUUUUUCUUUUUGCACAAAAAAACACAAAUAGUUCUUAAAUAUAUUCACAGUUUAUUAAAUUAUGAAUUUCAUUGAGUGGACGCAUUAAGAGCAGUGGUGCAUUUUUGUGAAUUUUCAAAUAGAAUCUUCAUGAUAAAUCUUUUGUUUUUGAGAGCACAUUUUACAUAUGAUAGCAGAAAGUUUUUGUUUUUUUUCUGUGUGAUACAUGAAAUAUCAAACAUAAAUACAUAUUUCAUAUUAAUAGGCUAAAUUUUAAACUUUUUUUCUCAAAUUCAGUUGCUUAAAUUAACAUGAGUAAUUUCUAUGCAAAUUUUUAUGCAUUCCCCCUCCCUUUCAUUUUAAUCUAUACAUAAUUUCUUAUUAUUAGAGUUCGAUUAAACUUUACAUUAAGACUCCUAAAAUAGAAUAAAUAUCUUCUCUGGUGAUUGAUUAUAUCUUAUAUUUUCAAGAGAUUAAAAUUUAAUCUCUUGAAAAUGCCAGUAUGAACCUAGAAACUCCAUGUUUCUCCUCCAACUAAUUACUUGUUGCUAAGUUCUGGGGGGGGGGACUCCAAGCAAUCUUAACUUGUAUGUGCCAAAUAUCAAGUCCAAAAAUACAAUUUAUCUGAAAGUUUUAGAGAAGUAUAUACUUUAUUAAUUUGGGUUGAGGAUCCUAAAACCUCUUUAGGAACUGAAUAUAAGAAUUUGAAAAUUAUGUGACAUAAAAACGUGUGUUUUGCUUUUUCUUGCCUAUAUGCUACACAUAAAUAUAGAUGGUGCCGUAGGUACAGAACACUAAUAUAUAUAUAUAACAAUCUUGUUUUAUAAAUAAUUAGAUAAAAUACUGAAAUUUUACUUUUUCAUUUGAAUUUAAUUCAAAUUUUUAUGAAUUAUUACAUUUAAUUUGAGCAGUUGUAUUAAAUGAUUUUACAAUAACUUUUUGGGUAAUUGAUUUCUACUUUUUUUCAAAAAUAUAAGUAAUUAUUAUUUUACAUUUCAGAAAUUAG